CAUACAACACCGCACAAUAGCCCUGCCGAAAGGAAACGACAGAAUGAUUCCACGGAGGGAGUCAAGUUGUAGCCCUCGAAAACGAGGCGAGUAAGCCGGACGGAUAUACGAAGACGACAAGCACAGCUCGCGCAUGAAACCGAUUUAAAUGAACCUUCUCAGAGAGGCGUAUAGUGUAGACCGAGCUACUUCCCUAAGCUUCGCCCAAAAGCUUCAUGAAACCUUACCUCGCGAGCUCCGAAACCUCGUAUACUAAGCGGCAUUCCCGGAAAGCGUCGCCAUACGUCAAUUCGACGCCAAACCUCGCAAACAACAUUAGCAAAUAUGCUAGGGCGACCUCGAUACCUGUUUGCUGCAUACGUAGGCAGAGAUGUUGCGACAGAGGCUCUGCAAAAGUAUUACAAGGAGGUUACGAUCAAAUUCAAGCUUGAUUCUACGGCGUCCAUUUGGGGCUUCCUCCAUCAGGAUGUUUUUGCCCUCGGUGUCGUUCCUAGGACAUUCGUUCGGCGGUUUUAGAUACAAGAUCAUCCCAUGGCGGGCAACAAAUAUAUCACAAUACCUGCCAGUCUUGCCGCUACACAGUUGUUGAGCAACGCUUUCUAUGAAAAAGAAUGCACCAAAACAUGGGAGACCGACUGGAGAACACACGACCACGUCAGAUAUGCUCUAGAGAAGAUUACCCAGCUGGAUCAAAAGAUAGAGCUUACAGUGGACAUCAUUUUAUACUGUGCCCCCGAACUGAGGCACCUUUCCGCUGCCUUGUUCGGCUUCGCGAGAAAGGGUGGAAGCUCAACAUCAUCGUUGGAAGGGUAACUUACGAGGGCUCGGCUCAGCAAGAUAUAGCUUGCUACUUUGACAAACCCACGGCUACGGAUCGAAAAUCAGCUAAGG